AUGGAGUAUCACUCGAAUGGAAACGGUGUGAGUGGGACCAAUGGAUCAGGUCGCCACCAUUCGGCGGACUUGCCAUCGACCCCGACUGGCAAUGGGUUUGGAAACGGCGAAGGAGGAUCCAGGUAUGAAUCAAUGGCGGAGAAAUUCCGUGAUAGUGGCGCUACGCCGCGCACCCCUAGAGCAUCUGUCGCUUCUACCCUUAUCACUGCAUGUACCAACUCACCUGUUGUAUCGUUCACCCGUGGUGUGCUUCGUGCAUCGCGCAAGAAGAUUUGUCCACUUCUCGCAAAGUCGGCGUCGGCUCAGAUGAGCGAAUAUUAUCGUGUGGCGAGCCCAACCAACAUCUGGAAGCACUACGGAAUGGACGGACCACCAUUUAUGGGUCCAAUUCUCAAGAUGCAAGAAUCGCCGAAAUCGCGGACACUGGACAUUUUGGAUCGCUCGCAAAGCACUUAUUGGGGUACGGCUCCGGCUGAGAUGGUCGAAUUGGCCAACAAAUACAACUUCCAAAUUGACGAGAAUAGCAGCAUUCAACAGGAGGCGCUCGAACUUCGUUCUGUGAUUCGCAAGGAUCUUAAGAAGAAACUGAAAAUCAAGAGUGGAUACAGUCGGAUUAAGCUCAUCACUUCAGAUCGUCGUCAAAGCGAAUUCUUGCGCUACGAGUUGUGUGAUCUCAACGAACAGAUUGCUGAUCUUCAAGAGGAUCUUCAAGCGUUAGAAAUGUAUAACAGUGGUGCAUUUGAUGAGGACGUGAUGUAUCUGGACAAUCUGGAAGACUGUGACGUGGAGAAUGGACCACCCAGCAAACUACUCGUUCUGCAGUUGGAGCUCGAGAAAGAACUCAAAGUGAAGCGAGGACUCGAGCAGUUUCUGCGUGGUGCUCCUGACAAGUCAAAGGUGCAUGGUGACUCACAAAGUCUUCUGGACGACAGCCGCGCAAAGAUUGCAAUGCUCCGAAUGCAAAUCGAUCGUCUCUCACAGGAUAUUCCAGCAGCUGAAGGAGAGCCAAAAUCAAAGGUGGAGCUUGCCAUCCAGGAUCUCAUCAUUCGUUAUCACAAGGAGAAGCUUAUUAUGGACGGAUCUCGCAACAUGAUUCGCACAUUGCGUUGCCAGAAGAAACUGGACAACAAGGCCAUUGAGGACGCUCUCAACAGUUUGAUCAUCUCUUCUGAAAAGUCAGAUCUCAUCAAGUUGGCUCUUCUGAAGUACGCAUCUAGCUUGCCAGUGGACAACAAGGAGAGAAAAUUCCUGAUCAGCGAGAUCAAUGGAGGAAACGUGCCAACUCCACAAGCAGUCAGCCAGGAUCGCAAUUCUCCAUCGAGCGAGGAAGGAAGCACAACGUCUUCCACCGUGGCGACACGUCGUUCCAGUUUCAUGCCUCACUCGCUUCAAAUCAGUGGAUGCUUGGAGGUCACUAUCAACGGAUGCUCUGGAAUUCUCGCAGACACCUAUGAUCGGAGAAUUCGUCAGGAUAUUCCAAACAUCCCUGGGUAUAUUUCAGUCUACGGUUUGGAUUCAUCUGGCAAGAAGAAGAAAUCGUUCAAGGGACCAUUGACACCAGAGGAGGUCUUUUGCGUUCUUCGCAUUGACAAUCGCUACAUCGGAUCGACGGAUCUCAAAAAGAUUGUGGACCGUAAUUGGGAUCAGAAGUUUGAUGUGGACUUGGAUCGCUCUCGUGAGCUUCAAAUCGAGCUCUUCUACCAUGAUGACCGCUCAAUGUGUGGAUUCGCCGCUGUCAAGCUCUCCAACCUCAUCGAGACGUCUACCAAAGUUGGCAUCAUUGUUCCCGUCGAGCCACAGGGCAAUAUCUUUGUCCAGUUCAAGUACAUGAAUCCCGUUGUUAGCCGUAAGCCUAAGUUGGAGCGUCAGAGACGUUUGUUCCGCGUGAAAGGUAUAGGAAAAAACACGAGAUUUUCAUUAAUUUCCGCUAUUGUUUUUCAGAAUCCAAUGACGGUGCUCGUCAGAAACUUGGCGUCUUUGCAUUUUCGCGUCUCAUCAAGAGUAGAGGAAAUGAGCCAAGCGAAAAGUUCGCCGCAUUCACUGGUACGAUUCACUCCAAUGGCCUCCACGUCUUCGCAGCAUCAGCAGUCUGGAUCCACCACUCCAGGAGCAUCAGCUUCGUCAGCUUCCGCUCCUCCAGCAACGUCGAAUUCGCUAUUCGACAAGGGUUUCAAUCCACGCAAGUCGGCUAAAAAACAACGAGAGGCGCGAGAAGCAGCUGCUGCCUCUGCCGCCGCCUCUUCUGUCACAUCAUCGAGCCAUGGAGUCACUUCUACCCCAACAUACCCAAUGCCUCCGAUGACUCGUGAACGCGCGUUGGUCGUCGACGAAAUCCCAGCGGAUCGAUCAGGCCCAAGCACAAGUGCACCAAUUCCAGCGGCUCGUACUAUUGACUUCUUCGCCACCAGUGCUGGCGCACCACUCACUGUCGAUCAAUUCCGACUGAUCAGUGUUCUUGGACGUGGCCACUUUGGAAAGGUCAUCUUGUCGCAGCACAACCCAACAAGCAACUACUACGCUCUGAAGGUUCUGAAGAAGGGAGACAUUCUUGGAAGAGAUGAGGUUGAGUCAUUGAUGGUCGAAAAGCGCAUCUUCGAAGUGUCCUCUCGCGCUCGUCACCCGUUCCUUGUCAACCUUCAUGGAUGCUUCCAAACCGUUGAGCACGUCUUCUUCUGCAUGGAGUACAGCAUGGGAGGUGACUUGAUGCGUCAUAUCCAUGACGACGUUUUCGAUGAGGUUCGUGGAUGCUUCUACGCCGCCUGUGUUGUGCUCGGAUUGGAUUUCCUUCACAAGCACAACAUCAUCUAUCGUGAUAUCAAGCUGGACAAUUUGCUGCUGGAUCGUGAUGGAUACGUCAAGAUUGCUGACUUUGGUCUGUGCAAGGAAAAUAUGGGACCAUUCGACAAGACGAGCACUUUCUGUGGAACUCCGGAAUUCUUAGCUCGUAAGUUUCAAAAUCAGUGUUUUGUCGCAGUUCCACAAUUCCCAAAAUUUUCAGCUGAAGUCCUCUCCGACUCUGCCUCACUCGGGCCAUUGACUGGUGGGGACUUGGUGUCCUCAUCUUUGAGAUGCUCGUUGGAGGAGAUCUUCGAUUCCAUCAUCUCUGAAGACGUCCGCUACCCCAGAUACCUCUCCGUUGAGUCGAUUGCCAUCAUGAGAAGACUGCUCCGCAAGGUUCCCGAAAAGCGUCUCGGCUAUGGAGAACGUGAUGCUGAGGACAUCAAAAUCCAGCGCUUCUUCCGUCACAUCUCAUGGGAGUGGGACAACCUUCUCGCCCGCGAAAUUCGUCCACCAUUCCAGCCACAAAUUCGCAACCCAGAAGACGUGUCCAACUUUGACCUGGAAUUCACCUCAGAACGUGCCCGCUUCUCAUCAGCCACUAGCACUCGCCCAAUCACCGAAGCCGAUCAACGGCUUUUCAAUAACUUCGACUUCUCUAUUGUCCCAUAA